AUGGGUUCUUUCCGCCCACGCAUCGCAAUUACCUUGGGUGAUCCAGCGGGUGUCGGUCCUGAACUUGCAGCAAAGCUUCUCGCAGAUCCCCGUAAUCGCAAUCGAGCUGAUCUGAUAGUCCUCGCAGACCGUCGUGAAGUUGAGGCUGCUGCACUCACUGCGAAUGCAUCAGUUCCGGACGAUAUACGAAUUCUAGAUGACGGGACUGCACCCUUGAUUCCCAUCGAGAGCGGCAAGAUAUCGAAAGAAGCGGGAGAGCGGACGUUGCACCAAUUGAAACGAGCCGUUGCUCUAGUGAAUCAGGGAGAAGCUGACGCUAUUGUCUUCACGCCUCUUAAUAAGACUUCUCUCCACAUGGCUGGCAUGCACGAAGAAGAUGAGCUACGAUGGUUUGCAAUGCAUCUCAACCACAAAGGGACAACGAGCGAAGUCAAUAUCAUCCCUGGUCUAUGGACAGCUCGAGUGACUAGUCAUGUUGCUAUCAAGGACGUCUCUGCCAGGAUCUCCGAGUCGUCCGUAUAUAAUGCCAUCGCAUUGCUACAUAAGCUUCUGUCUGAUUUCGGCAUCCAAGACCCUCGCCUCGGUGUCUGCGCACUGAACCCUCACAAUGGGGAGAAUGGCUUGUUUGGCCGAGAAGAAAUCGAUUCAAUCCGACCUGGCGUGGAAAUGGCAUUAUCGAAGGGAAUAAAUGUAAAAGGACCUUUCCCAAGCGAUACCAUAUUUGUCGGGCGUGCGAAUUAUGACGGAAUAGUCACGAUGUAUCAUGAUCAGGGACAAAUUGCGCUCAAGGUUAUUGGUUUUGAUGGUGGAGUUACAGUACAAGGCGGAUUGCCGGUUGUUGUUGUAACUCCAGCCCAUGGGACAGCAUUUGAUAUUGCUGGGAAGAAUAUCGCCAGCGUGAAGAGUAGUCAGAACGCAUUGGAUAUUGCUAUUGCGGUAGCUAGCAGGCGGAAUGUUCGAUUAGUCUGA